AUGUAUGUAAUGGGUAAGCGUGGUGAGGAAGUUCGUUAUGUACCAACAGACAUUAAAAGAUUCUACGGAUGUUCAAUUAUAAUGGGCUGCCUUGGUUAUCCAGCCAUAAGAAUGUACUGGUCAAAUGAAUGCAAGAUUCCUGCCAUAUUCAACUCUAUGUCCCGAGACAAAUUCUUGCAACUUCGAUCAGACAUACAUUUUCAAGAUUACUCUGCACCAAACCCAACAAACAAACUUUGGAGAGUUCAAUUAGUCAUUGAUACGGUAAGAAAGCGGUGUAAUGAACUAGCUACUGAUAUAACAAACAAUUCAAUUGACGAACAAAUGAUGUCGUAUACGGGAAGAUGCCCUGCUCGUCAGGUAAUCAGAUCUAAACCACGAACUGUUGGAUUGAAAAAUCUAGUAUGUGCAACUUCCCGUGGAGUUGUAGUCGAUUUUGAAGUGUUUCAAGGAGCAGGAACAUUUGAAGAUUGUGGCCUUGGACAUGGACCAUCAAUAGUUAUUAGGUUAGUGAAAAACUUACCAAAGGGCAGUCAUAUUUAUUUCGACCGAUUUUUUACAACAACCCCACUCAUAGAAGCCUUACAUCAAAUGGGUUUUCUAGGAACAGGAACAAUUAUGGCUAAUAGAAUACCUAAAAGUGUAAAAUUUCCUUUAGACAAAGACAUGAAGCGAAGUGACAUUUCUCAAUUUGCAAACUCCAAUGUAGCCGUUGUGAAGUGGAUGGACACCAAAGCCGUAAUUGUUGCUUCUAGUGCAACCGGAAAAGAUCCUAUAGGUGAAAUAAAAAUUUAA